UUAAAAAUAUAUACAUCGCUUAAGUGUGGUGAUUGUAUUAUUGGUGAAUAUUUUAUUUUCUUUUUUUCGUUUGGUGCAACGAAUCCUCGGAAAAGCUUUUCGUGAUUCACUUUCCAGUUUUAUCUCAAACUCUCUCUCCCUCUCACCUCAGCUUCUGUCGUCUCCUCCUCAAAUCUCCCAAAUCUAAAAAAAUUCAGAAAUUUUUAUUUACAAUUACAAAACACAUAAACUUUGGUUCGGUCUUCUUCAAUUUUCACCGACACAAACCCACGUCUUCUUCUCUCAUUCUCUCCCUUCUUCAAUUUUCCCAAAAGUCUAUCACACAGCUUGAAUCUGCAGUGUUCCUUUGUUAAGAGCCUCUCAUGGCUUCUACGGUUGAUCUCAAUGUCUUCUCAUCAGUCCCUGCUCUUCAGAGUAACCUCGGAGUUUUGUCUCCUGAUCAGAUUGAAUUGGCAAAGAUCUUAUUGGAAAAUGGUCAGAGUCAUCUCUUCCAACAGUGGCCUGAACUCGGUGUUGAUGACAAAGAGAAGCUAGCUUUUUUCGAGCAGAUUGCUCUCCUAAAUUCAAGCUAUCCUGGAGGUUUAGCAUCAUAUAUUAAGACUGCGAAAGAGCUUCUCGCUGAUUCCAAAGUAGGGAAGAACCCUUAUGAUGGUUUCUCUCCUUCUGUUCCUUCAGGAGAAAAUCUUACUUUUGGUGAUGAGAAUUUCAUCGAAAUGGAGAAAAGAGGUGUUGUUGAAGCUAGGAAUGCUGCUUUUGUUCUUGUUGCUGGUGGUCUUGGCGAGCGUCUUGGUUACAAUGGAAUCAAGGUGGCACUUCCAAGGGAGACAACUACAGGGACAUGCUUCUUGCAGCACUAUAUUGAAUCUAUACUGGCUCUUCAAGAAGCUAGCAACAAGAUCGCUUCUGAUGAAAGUCAAAGGGACAUUCCUUUCAUUAUUAUGACAUCUGAUGAUACACAUUCACGUACACUGGAGCUAUUAGAGUUAAACUCUUAUUUUGGGAUGAAAUCUACGCAAGUACAUCUUCUAAAACAGGAAAAAGUUGCAUGUCUUGAUGAUAAUGAUGCCAGGCUUGCAUUAGACCCAAAAAACAAAUACAGGAUCCAGACAAAACCUCAUGGUCAUGGCGAUGUUCAUUCACUUCUUUAUUCCAGUGGACUUCUUCAUAAAUGGCUUGAAGCUGGUUUAAAAUGGGUUUUGUUUUUCCAAGAUACAAAUGGACUUCUCUUCAAUGCAAUUCCAGCUUCUUUGGGUGUGAGUGCUACUAAACAGUAUCAUGUUAACUCUCUUGCUGUUCCCCGCAAGGCGAAAGAAGCCAUCGGAGGAAUUACUAAACUUACCCAUGCUGAUGGGAGAUCAAUGGUGAUCAAUGUGGAGUACAAUCAACUUGAUCCUCUACUUAGAGCAACUGGAUUCCCUGAUGGGGAUGUUAACUGUGAGACAGGCUUCUCCCCUUUCCCGGGAAAUAUUAAUCAAUUGAUUCUGGAACUUGGUUCAUACAAAGAGGAGUUGCAAAAAACUGAAGGGGCUAUCAAAGAGUUUGUUAAUCCAAAAUACAAGGAUAGCACCAAAACAGCGUUUAAAUCUUCAACUCGUCUAGAGUGCAUGAUGCAAGAUUAUCCAAAGACAUUGCCUCCUACUGCACGUGUUGGAUUCACGGUGAUGGAUAUUUGGCUUGCUUAUGCACCUGUGAAGAAUAAUCCUGAGGAUGCUGCUAAGGUACCAAAGGGAAAUCCAUAUCACAGUGCAACUUCUGGAGAAAUGGCGAUUUAUCGUGCUAACAGCUUAAUUCUUCAGAAGGCUGGUGUCAAAGUAGAAGAGCCUGUGAAGCAGGUCUUGAACGGCCAAGAGGUUGAAGUAUGGUCACGUAUUACAUGGAAACCCAAAUGGGGAAUGAUCUUCUCUGAUAUCAAAAAGAAAGUCAGCGGUAACUGCGAGGUCUCUCAGAGAUCUACAAUGGCUAUUAAGGGUCGUAAUGUAGUUAUUGAAGAUCUCUCCUUGGAUGGUGCUGUUAUAGUAGAUUCCAUUGAUGAUGCAGAGGUGAAACUGGGAGGUUCGAUCAAGAACAAUGGUUGGACCAUGGAGACAGUAGAUUACAAGGACACAUCGGUUCCGGAAGAAAUAAGAAUCAGAGGUUUUAGAUUCAACAAAGUGGAGCAACUCGAAAAGAACUUCACGCAACCUGGAAAAUUUUCUGUGGAAGAUUGAAGUUAUCUCAUGUGACACUUUUCUAUAAGUGUUAUUUGGCAAUAUGGUCAAUUAGCAAAUUUGUAACAUUUGUCCUUCUGAUGGAGUUUAAUUCUUUCUUUCUUCUUUUUCUUUGUUUCUCAACAAACACCCAAAUUUCUUAUUUUUUAUUUUUUUA